AUGGAUCAGACAGAGGUUCUAAAUAAUUUUCUCUCGUCUGUUGGCGAGGAGGUGGAAGAUGCUGAAGAGGAAUCCUUCCUCCUAUUCUCAAGAGACAUCCCCUCCGCGAACCUAGGCUUCGUCGACUCCCGUGCGCCAACCGUGGACGUGACCAUCCACGGUCAGGACUACUCGAUCAGCCAAUCUCCCACCCUCCUCUCCUCAUCUCGAGCAGGAGGCACAACAGGUGCAGUCCUUUGGAAAAUCACCCCCGCCUUCGCAGAAUGGAUCGCAGACUCUCCAUCAAACCCUCUCUGGAAACACUCUCUCCUGACCUCCUCAUCGACGGUCGUUGAGCUGGGCUGCGGCAUCUCAGGCCUGAUAGCGCUCGCUCUCGGCCCGUCAAUACGGCACUACGUUGCAACAGACCAGGAAUACGUGCAUCGACUUUUCCGUGAGAACAUCGAAAACAACAGCGCCGCAACACCGACUACCACGAAAGCUCAGACAAAGGGCAAGAGCAAGAAACGGGCGACGGGACAUCAGAAACCGCCGCGUAAGCAAGACGAGCAAGGGUCAUCCAAUAUCACUUUUGCCGCGUUGGAUUGGGAACUGGAUGUUCCGGCGUCGUUGAAAGAUAGUAUCGGGCUCAAGGGGGACGAUGACCAUGACUGUGACGAUGAGGAAGGGGACGAUAAAGGGUUCGAUCUCCUCCUAUCGUGCGAUUGUAUCUACAACGAGGCGCUUGUUGCCCCCUUUGUGCGCACGUGCGCUGAUUUCUGUCGCUUAAGGCCGGUUCAUGCGGCCGGGCGGCGAGCGAGCUGGCCCCCGACGAUCUGCAUUAUCGCGCAACAGCAGCGGUCUCCAGAUGUCUUUGAGGCGUGGCUGCGGGAGACCCUGAGGGUGUUUCGAGUGUGGCGACUGAGCGAUGAGGCGCUGGGUGAAGGCCUCAGGUCGGGCACAGGCUAUGUAGUCCAUCUUUUACUGUUGAGAGAUGCUACGUAG